CCUCUCCUUCACCACUGCACUGCAAAAGGUAGAGAGCGAGAAUUAGCGCGACGGCGAAUAAGAUGCGAUCCUCUUCGUCGAGCCAUGGCGACGCGGCGACGGUGAUGGUGAUGGCGACGGCGAUGGCGAUGCGGGCGAUGGAGAGGGGGCGGGAGCUCCGGAGCUUGCUAAUGGCGUCUCGCCCGGGGGAUUCGGCGGCGGAGGCGCUCGUCGACGAGGUGCUGGGCUCGAUCGCCGCCGCGAUCGCCGCGCUCGGCUCCGGCGACGGCGCGGCGGCGGAGUACGCCGGCGGCGGAGGAGGAGGAUCGGUUUGCUCCGGCGAUGGCCGGAGCGAGGUGUCGACGGGGAAGAGGAAGGGGAGCCCCGGGAUCGGCAACGAUCGGAGGAGAGUGUGUCGGAGGAGAUCAGAAAAUUCUCCUCGGAGAGAGGUCAUGGCGAAGACACAGGAGGAUGGACAAACAUGGAGAAAAUACGGGCAAAAGGAGAUCCAAAAUUGUACACAGCCCAAGAGCUACUUCAGGUGCACGCACAAAAACGACCAAGGGUGCAUGGCCAGGAAACAAGUGCAACGCUCCGAGGACGACCCCACCACGUACAUAAUCACCUACAUGGGCGAGCACACUUGCAGGGACCCCUCAACAAUCCCCCAGAUCCUAGAACCCCCCCUCCCCGGGGACUCCUACCUCAUCAGCUUCAAAUCCGAUCACGCGACCGAGCUCCCAAAAUCAGAAGCAGCAGCAGCAGCAGCAGCAGCAGCAGUGAAGCCCUCGUCGUCUUCGUUCAAGCAGGAUUGCGACGAAGACGUGCUCAGCAGCAUCACCCCGGCCGCAAGCUCGCAGGCUGAGUGCUCUCUCCUCCCCGAUCAGCUCGCGGCCAUCGUCGGCGACUGCUCGGGGAAUCCGUUCGAGGGGCUGGCCAUAGCGCUGAACGAGGGCGACGUCACGUCGGGGGUUCAUUCGAGUUUGGACUACAUGAUGGAUGCAGGCGCGUUUGGGAUCGAGGAUUUUAACUUCCAUUUUGAUCAUGAUGGAUUCCCCCCCUAGUUAGCUAGCUACCUGGCUAGCUAACACGUACAUAGUGUUACUACACAAGUACACGGUGAUGUGAAUUUCUAGUCCCAUGGGGGAGAUUGACACGGUGGAGGGAGACUUAAUUGGAAUUUAUUGAAUCCGCUCAAAUUUAGUAAGCGAACCGCGACCAAAUUCGAGGAUUUUCUUAGACAUCAGCAGCAAAAUUUGCUUUUGCUAAUACCUCCAUCUUGUAUAGCUAGCGUUGGGAAGCUGCUCAGAAUGUUUAACGAUUUUUUCUUUAGUAGUUGAUAGUAAAAUUUGAUCUGUUAAUAGUAUAAUCCUAUUGACGGUGAUAGAUUCUAAUAUUGAUGGUUGGGAAGCAGCUUUAAGUUGUGUACAAGUAGAUAGUACAGUUGGAGGUGGCUGGAGCAGUGUUUGUAUAGUGUAAUUGCAUUUCGUGGCUGUCCUUUUUGUAAUUAUUGCUGUGUAACGUUGAUAGCUAGCAAUAGUAUAAUUUUGUACCUGCACUCAUUUUGUUUCAUAUAUGAGAGGGACCUAGUUCAUUUAAUUGCA